UUCUAGUGGGUUCCAUGCCUCGGGUCGGCUGAGGCCGCGCCUGCGCACUGGUUGCCCGCCUCUUUCGCUUCGGUGCUGCCGCCGCCAUGUCUCGGUACGCCCGUCCGCCCAACAGCUCGCUCUUCGUCAGGAAUGUGGGCGAUUGCACCAGGCCUGAGGAUUUACGUCGUGAAUUUGGUCGCUAUGGCCCAAUAGUAGAUGUUUACGUUCCCCUUGACUUCUACACUCGACGACCAAGAGGAUUUGCAUAUAUACAGUUUGAAGAUGUUCGUGAUGCAGAAGAUGCCCUCCACAACCUGGAUCGAAAGUGGGUGUGUGGCCGUCAAAUUGAGAUCCAGUUCGCCCAAGGUGAUCGAAAGACACCUGGUCAGAUGAAAUCAAAGGAGCGAAGAUCCUCACGAAGUUCACCUCGAUAUGAUCGUUAUGAUGACUAUGAUCGGAGGAGGAGGUCCAGAAGUCGCAGUUAUGACCGGAGGAGAUCUCGAAGCCGUUCAUACGAUCGCGGCCACAGGAGAUCUGACAGCCCUAAGAAUUCACGGAGCAGAUCAAGUGGAAAGCGCAGACGGAGCCGCAGUAACUCCUUCAAUGACAGGCAUAGACGUCGCCAUCGUUCUUACACCAGAUCAAGAUCCAGAUCACGGUCCAGGUCCAGGUCAAGAUCCAGGUCCAAAUCAGUAUCAAGGUCAAAAUCUGCAUCCAGAAAGGAUUCUAAAACACGGUCACAGUCGAGGUCAAUCACCCAUUCAAGGUCUGGGUCUAGAUCUAAAUCCAGGUCACUGAGUGGCCACAAGUCCGACAGUCACCAUGAAGACUGAAGCAGCGGAAAGUCGUCCAUUUACAGCUUCCAUUGUGAUUAUUUUCUUUUUGUGUUUAUUGGGGUCUCGUAGAUGUUAAGAGAAGGUGGGUACUGUUUUAUGACUACAAGAAAACUCUGAAGACUAAUUUGUUGAUGGUGCUUGAAAGAUUUUUGCCAUGAUUUUAAACAGAACGAUGCAGUAACUAUAACUAGAUAAUAACACAGUCCCGUUGUAUUGACAUAUUCAUUAGUUGUUUGAAACACAAUUUUCACAUUUACUUUCAGGCAAAUUUCUAGUAUUUGAUCUGCAGCUUUGCUAUGUUACUGUAAUUUUUAUAAAACAGUGCCCUCUAUACUGUGCAAAGAAAAAUACUAAAUUGUUUCCCCAGUUAAUAUUCUAAUGCUGCUGGUACAAAUUAAACCGUGUAAAAUCAAAAUUUGUUAAUGAGCCCUGUAUUCAUUACCAUACUUAAUGUGAGCUUUUUAUUAGGUCUUUCAGUUUGCUGCCUGAAGCUCUGUAUCAGGAGUCAUGCAGAAAUCCUUUCCUUUUGUGCUCAAGGUGAUCAGCAAGCUCCGGCAAUUUGCUGCCACAAUUUUGUUCCAUCGGUGUGCAUUCAUUUAUACAAAGCAGUGGUCUGGCAUGCUUCCUGUAAUGUUGAUUUGUGUAUUUUGCAUGAGUUCUUUCAUUCUUGGCUGUAAAGAUAAUCUGCCUCAACAUUGGAGAAUCUGCGUUUAAAUGUAAGAAAUAACAGUGACUGGGAAACAGCUGAGAAGUGUUGUGAUCAAACUUAUUUCCUUUCAUGUAGAAGCUUGUAAAAAAACAAAAGGGAUUUUUUAUACCAAGUCUUUUUAAUAAAAGCUGUUUGUAAAAGUUCAUCUCUAGUAUAAAUGUUUUCAGUUAAGCUUUAAAAUGGCAAGUUGUGUAGUCUCUGCAUGCCUAGAAGGAUGUGACAUGUUAAAUUAAGUAUUGAUCAUUCUAGUCUGUUGCUUUGAACUACAAGUAACAAUAGUAUAUCCUUAGGAUUGAGAAUAUAGGGGCCCUACGAGUCAUACCUAGUUUCUUUUUUAUUUUGGGAGGAACAAAACUGGAUGAUAUUUGUUUAAGUGACCUGAUCACUGCACGUGUAGAUCAAGUUAGGGUUAUGUGACUAUAGCUGAGCAAAACCAAGAUAACCUUACAAUUUGUGACAGUUUAGGGUCUGCCAGGACAUUGAGAUUGUCUUGUCAUAAGGCCCUGUUUGGGUCUUAAACUUAAUUAACCAGAUUUUUUUGACUGAGCUUUUGAAGACCAUAAAUACACGGUACGCAUUUCAUUACUUUAUAGAAUUUGGUUUAAGAUGUGCAGUACAAAUAAACCCUUGCAAACUUAACACAGAUUUAGAAUUAAAAGCUGACGACAUUUUACGUUUUUUGAGACAGAUGUGGUUGUACUCAUUUUUUUUGUUCAUAGCUGACUGUAACUUCAUUUGUAAAUAAAUCUCUACUGUAUAUGAAGCAUCUGCAAGACCUGUUUUCUUGGUGCAGUUAUAAUAUUAAUGGUAUUGGUAAAGUGCUUGUGUGAAUUUGGUACCAAAACAGUACUAUACACAGCAGGAAGCCAAUGGAGGGUGUUCCAGCUCAAAAUAAACCCAUUUGAAAGGGGGGAUAUAAAACUUUAUUUAGCAUACCAUUACACAACACGAAACGUAUUUAAUUCAUAUACCUAAUUUAGUUUCAAUGGUAUUUGAGAAUAGAAGAACAAUAUCAUAAUUGAGUUUAACUUGGGAGAGAUUUCAAAUAAAAUCAACUUGCACUGUUUCACAGUAAACUUAUUGUGGCCACUGUUAUAAGAAUUACUGAAUUUGUGUGGCUGCACUAUUAAAGGGCCACUUUGUACACAUGAACUAAUUUGGGGUAAAAAUGGACAUGGCUAUUGAAUUACAAUCCAAUAAGAUAAUGGAUUAGAGAAUUUGCAAACAAAAGACUGGAUCAAACCUAACUCAAAAUUCAAACAGGCAAAAUAUGGUCACAGCUCUGGAGCCCAAGUCAUUUAUUUCAUGUGGUAAGCAGGAAAGUUCUGGGUUUGAUCCACAUCUUAAACUUAGACAACAUUAAACAAGUGCUAACAACAGCGCAGGCAUUAGUUCAAUUUCAGUUUUGCCCAUUUUGAGCAAGGGGAAUACCAAGCAACAUUCAAAUACUAGUUCGGUGCUUUAAAUGUACAGCAGCUGCACACUAUGUACAGCUGGCAUUGUAACUGCUACAACAUGAAAUGUGCUUUUUUCUGCUGACAUUUAGUUCAGUGUUAGUUUUUAUCAUGUCUUUUAUAUAAAACAAUAUUCUUAGGUUUGACAUGCCAAGAAAGAUGGCAUUGUUUACACAACUAUUGUAUCAAAAUAAUUUCUCCCAACAGGAGGGAGGUCCUGCUUUAAAAUAUACAUAUGCUACAAGUCUGUUAUUUAUGUGGUUCAAUCUAGAUGUGAAAACCAUGUUUUAAAAAUCUGGACCUAAUCCUUAGAGAUCAUAAAUUGUAAAAUGAAUUCCUUUUCCUCAUAUUUUUUUGAGAUUGAUGUAAUCUCAAACCAACUUUGGGCUUCAGUUUUGCUUCAAAAUGAAGGAACAAAUUUUCAGAAAGAUAGACAAAAUAAGAUCUUAUUUCACAAAUCUUUACAAAGAUCCACUGUUAAUUGCAGUAAUGGCAAGAAACAAAUGCUCAAAAAUAUUUUUUUGCUAAUUAAACUAAACUGGUAUUUUAAGUGGUUGCUUGCUUAAUAUACUCAGUUAAUAUUAUAAAUGCAUUCCUUUUUAAAAAAUGAACAUUAAAACAGGGACACCUGGCAUGGAAUGCUGGCAGUGUGGUCAUGGGUUGCAACAAGUACUACACUGUGGGUCUGCCUUCUACAAUGAACAAAGUAAAAGUCAAAUUAGAUGGCAAUAGGUGAGCCACAAGUUACACGUAGAAGUUGUGCUGGUUAAUCAGAGCUGGGCAAUUCGGAAAGGAAGGCAACAGGUCUAUGGUUCAGGUGCAGGUUGAUGGGACUGGGUAGUUUAAAUAGUUUAGCACCUACUUUAGCACGUUUCUGUGCUGUACUUUUCCAUGGAUCUGACAGCAGUAAUGUUGUCUCAGGACUUUAGAUCCAAUCAAAACCAAGGGGAAACUAGUCAGCUGCAAAACUAAACAUCAUUCCCCCUUCGGGACAGAGGGGGCCGAAAUGAAAGAAAACUAUUUCACUUUUUUUUUUAAAACACAGUCCAAAUUUCUCACAUAUACCAACCACACGUCUGAACCGGUAUACACUAAGCAAAUAUCCA